AUGUCCUCUCCGGGGCGGUCCGAAGACGCGGACCGGACGCUGUUCGUGGGGAACCUGGAGAGCCGCGUGCGGGAGGAGAUCCUCUACGAGCUCUUCCUGCAGGCUGGACCAUUAAUCAAAGUGACGAUUUGUAAGGACAAAGAAGGAACACCUAAGUCUUUUGGAUUUGUCUGCUUUAAGCACGAAGAAUCAGUGCCUUAUGCAAUAGCUUUGCUGAAUGGAAUCCGUUUGUAUGGAAAACCAAUUAAAGUGCAGUAUCGGUUUGGGAGUUCUCACUCAUCAGAACUAAGCAGUCCCACACAGGGUUUUGAGAACUAUGUUGACUUAUAUUCACCUUCAUAUAGGUAUCAAGAGCCUUAUGGAAAUCCUCCAUUUCCUGUUACUCCUUUUCCCAUGAACAAUAGUUUACCUCAUGAAUACUCAGGCUUUCAAAAGAUGAUGAACCAUUUUUUAGCACAGCAAUACACAGUACAGAGUUCACUGGGUCAGCAGUUUCCUUACUGUCAGAUGACUCCACCAUUGCCUUCAAAUUUUUCCUUUUCUCCCUAUCAGAAUCAAGCUGUAGAUUUUAAGUCUGCACAGAGUUCUUUUGAACUGGCUCUGCCACAUUCAAGUGAAUGUGAAAUGCACCAGAUGGAUGGAAGCACCUCUAAAAGAAAAAGAGAACAGCAAAAUUGUGACAGUGACACUAGUGUUGAGGAUGACAAAGUGAGACAAAGAGAGCGUGACCAAAAAUACAAGAAGCGCAAAGCCAAGAAAAAGAUGCAUUAA